AUGACUGUGGAAAAGGAAAGCAGUCCAUUGGUUGAGGAAGCAGCGAAACUAGCAUUGUCUGAGCCUUUUGCUAAGCAACAUACAAGACUUGUUUCUCCUAUACCAAAACCAGAAACCGAUCUGGAUAUGGAUCUCAGUCUUGAUGGACUGGGAAAUAUGGGAGAACUUACUGAUUUGGCAUUGGGUGAUGGAGUUACUGAUGAAGAUUUUGAUUUUUUUGAAACAAAGCGACCAAUAUCUACACCAAAAUCUGCAGUGUCGGUAAAGACUCCUAGCUGGACGUUGGCUGCGUCUUCAUCUACCUCUGUGACUACUUUACCUGUCAUUAGUAGUGCAAGCACCCCAGGGGCAGGAUCUUCUUUUUUGGCAUCUGCAUUGCAACCUGUUCAAGAUUUAAUCAACCCUUUGCGAUCGCAUACAGAUACAUCAGCGGUAGCACCUUCACCCGUAGCACCUUCACCGGGAGCUUCUUUUCAUCCACACACAUUUUCGCCUUAUGGCAACUUUACCACGCCGCAAUACAAUCCCAUGUCGCCCGCAUUUAUCGCUACAAAUGGUGCAUCGUGCAAUACCACUGGACUUGCCACUGUUGGUGGUUUAUCUACCAGUCCAGGUAAACUGCGAUUUGAUGGAGGUGUAUCUCCAGCUGAAUCACCUGCAAUGGUGUUUGGAUCGCCUCAGUUUAUGCAUGGAGAUGCAGCCACACCACAUUUUGCACAAUCUUCACCUUUUAACACUGCUGGAUCACAUAUUCCUGCCUCACCUGCGGUUGGGCCAUUGGUCACCACAUCGUCCAUGGUGCAAACCCCAUCAUUGACGACUGAUCGCGUUAUUUCUAGGCUAAAUGAGCAACACGAUGAUCCGAGCAUGACUGUAGACAGUUCUCAAUUCACUAUUGGGAAUGAAGUGUCUGUAUGCGAUGCGUUUGUAGUCGAGUCAGAACCUAUGAAAGUAUAUCAGUCUUUGCAUCCCAAUCAAACAGUCAAAUCCCCAGUAUCAGACGACUCUUUUGAGACUGAAAUUUUGCAAAUGACAAUGCCGGAAGCGUGGUUGCCAUUUCGUAUUCGGUUUGAUUUGAAUGUGAGAAACUUGGUUCAGCGAACAUUGGCAGAGCACGAAAACACAUUUUCCAAGUCACCACAGCUGCUCAAGUUAAUGGCGAGCGAUAAAAUGCUUACCAAAACAGAUUUGUUUAAAAACACAGCUAGUCUUUUUACAGCACCGCACUUGGGUUGGCUUAUUGGCAACUUUUCUGAUGCAACAGCGUUUAUGCCGUUUGAUACGUGUCUCGAGUUGUCUGAUUGUGAGAUCAUGUGGCAUCAAGAAUCUAAACUUGGCAGACUAGAUGAGUUUUGUGUGCCCGAUAUAUCUCAUCUGAAUGCAUUGUGUUUUGAUUGUGGCGAGCAUCGUGACCAUUCAUCAAAAUGCGAAUGCUGUACAGACUUUCAGAAUAUUCCUACUGGUACACUUAUCGGUCCACUUCCCUGGAGUUUACCGGCUACUGCAUGUUCCAACAAACUGUUUGAUACGAUUCGUAUGACUUUGGUUUCUUUGCUUGGUAUGAAUAGUGGCGAUGAUUCUACCACGUUGAAUAUAUCUGGACCAUUGGCGUUGCUAGAAUAUCAUAAUUUGCAAGAUUUGUCUACUACCAAAUAUGGCGGAUUUCAAGUGCGUAAAAAGAAACGAAUCAUGGAACCCGUAGUAGAUAUUCUUGCUGCUCCAGAUAUUAUUUUUAGACACGAUGGUGCACUGAUUUCUGCUAAUCCAUUCAGCUAUCGAUUUUGGACCAAGCUGCGUCUUGAGCCUUAUGCUGGUCGUAAGCGGAUAGCGUAUUUUGGUGUAUGUGGUGUAUCAGAUAAAAUGACGACUGAUACUAUGGACAUUGAAAAGUCUUCAGUUGUUGAAACCAUUUCAAUACAGAUGAAGCAGACUGCUUGUAUGUGGAUGACAGAGUUUCAAAACGAAUGGGAUGUGCAUCGGUUUGGUGACUGUAAACCAUUAAUGGAGUCUGUUGAAUUGUCAACCUGUUCUGUCAAUAUUCCAGGUCAGUUUGAGAUUAGGGUUACAUUGCCAUAUGUAGUGCACCACUGGCUGCUGACCAGAUUUUGUAAUCUUGUAGAUAAUUUUGAUGUAUGUGAUGGUGCAUCUGUGACCAAACUGUUUUCCAAGGCUUUCACUAAAUCAACAUGUUUUGUUUCUAAACUGUGCAGUAUUUCUGUUGACAUUAUUCGAUCCCGGAUCGUGUUUAAGCCUGUUGUUUUUCAUCAGGACCGUUUAUAUUCCGCAUUAGUAACUUCGAAUGACUGUCAUGAUGUAUAUAAUCAAUGUCAAUGGGUGCUGCCAGCCCCAGUUUCGUUGCGCAAUGCGAAUUCAAGUCGACCCAUUUCAAUGGAUCACUCAAAUGUUCCUUGCGCUAUUCCUGCACCGUCAGUUAUUCUUGAUGACAAGCGGGAAGGCAGACAGGCAUUUUUAUCUAUACGAGGACAAGAUCAUGGCACGAUAGAUAGUGAUUCUGACGGGGAGUGUACGAGCUAUGAUGAAUUUUUUGAUGAUGCUCGACGGGCUGCUAGUGAGAGGCUUAUUGUUGAACCGGUGCGAGUUGCACAUGUUGUGUAUUGGAUUUAUAAAACAGAGUUGGAAAGGGUACAGAUUUUUGUAAGAUGGACAGAUCAUCGUGGUGAAUUAUCGGGUGCGGGAAUUGUAUCGAGUCGACAGCUAGAAUCUCGAUCUGCCUUGUUUGGUCGUAUGAUUGAAAAUCUGCAGUUUGAGACUCGAUACCAACCGAAUUCUCAAAUUGGAGAUUCGUCAGAUGUUCCGAUUGAAUUGGAUUUGGAUUCUGAAAGUAGUAGAUCUUGUAUGCAAAAACCAGCUGUGUCCUGUAUUGUAUCCAUUUCUGUGUUUUGCAUAUCAACGUGUAGUGCUUUGCAAUGCUCUCGACCAUGUGGAUCUGCACCUUUUGGACCAUUGAACAAACAGGGUGAUGGUGUUUGGUGUGAAGAUUCGGUGCCUUGUGCGAUAUUUACGCUUUCUCACCAUCGUGUUCCACUUCCAGUUAUUUCAUUUGGUCAACAGAAUCUUGUGCCAUUUCUUCCUCUCUCGUCGGGAUGGAUAUUAAAAGGAAGUCAAAGUAUGAGACUAUCGCUGUUGUGGCAUUCACUUACCGAAUCUGCAGCUUUGAUUGCACCCUCACGGUUACGUCAUAUUUUGGUUGAUGAAUGGGAUCAAGAGCCUGCAAGUUCACCUGUAGGAUCAUCAUCUACUGGGUAUCUAGCAGCACUUCCAAAUCAUUGUAACAUUGUAAGGGAUGUUCUCAAACAACUAUGCUCACUGGACCAUUUGUAUAAACUUGUUUCUGAUGAAUAA